ACAAUGUAUUUUCAGCAAAGUUCAAAUGAAACUUGCAGUGCAUUCUGAUGGCUAUGUCUAUUUCCAGUCUGCUGUCUGGUUGUAAUUCAACAGUCAUAAUGUGAUCAAGGCCACAGCCACCUUUGAAAUGAUUUUCACUUGACUAUUUAGUUACAUAUUCACCUGUGCAGUUUUGUACUGAAUGAAAGGAACAUUUAAAAAAUGUCAAACAUCUCUAGCAUAUAGCCACUUAGAAGAUGAAGUUCAUACCAGUAACAUUUUCAAAGUCCAAAUUUGAAGUCUAUAAUAAAAUAAUAAUAGUAGGAGUAAAAUAUGACGUGUCUGAACAGAAUCUUCAGCUUUUAAACAGUACGCUACACCUUUUUACCAUUUCAGAACGUAAAUAUUGUGAAAUUGUUGAAGACACAACUGAUCAUGCAUUUUCCACUCAGUGCGUUCUAAUGUUUGACAGCGCUGCGUGUUGAGAGUUUGUGGCCGCUCAUCUCCCUCCCCCAUUGUCUUAAGAUGUGGUGGCCUUAAUGCUAGCGGAGUAGAGGAAGUGGCAGAGGCUGAGAGCUCUGCUCAGAGUUUUCCAAAGGCCCCGUCACCUCUGAAGCAUCCACACGCUCUCCAUCUGCUCUGCGUCUCUGUUCACGCGCUCCCCUCUCCUUCUCCUCCGCCCGUCGCCAUGGCACGCUGGGCACCGACAUCGUGGCACGUCUGGGUCCUGCUGGGGCUUCUAGAUGCCUGCGAGGGACUCCUCAUCCCCCGAAUGUCUUUCAUCGCUGAAAACUCAGGUAGAUCUGUCAUCCAUUUCACCAGCCCUGGCAUCGAGAACACCACCACACUGUUGCUAAGUGAUGACGGUGCCACACUGUAUGUGGGAGCAAGAGAUGCAGUGCUUUCUCUGGAUGUCAGCCAGCCGGGCGCCAUGGAGAUAAGGAGCAAGAUUGAUUGGUCACCAGCCACAAAAGAGCAUAAGGAGUGUACCCAGAAAGGAAAGAGUGAGACGGAUUGUCACAAUUUUGUCCGGGUCCUGCAGUUCCUCAACACCACUCACAUCUACGCCUGCGGGACCUUUGCCUUCAAUCCCACCUGCACCUUCAUAAACACCGAGGCUUUUGCCCUCCAGAGCAACUCCAAGCUGAGACCAGAGGACGGUCGGGGGCGCUGCCCUUUCGACCCGCACCAGAGGAACACAGCCAUUGCUGUCGAUGGAGAGCUGUACACAGGGACUAUGGCCAACUUUCUGGGUGACCGACCAGUCAUCUCACGUUUCCUGAGUGAAAGGAAGCAAAGAGACCUCAAAUUAGAUGACAUACAGGGCUGGCUGACAGAGCCCACUUUCAUCAGCUCCACCUUCAUCCCCAGUGAGGACAAAGUCUAUUACUUCUUUAGGGAGACGGGCAUGGAGUACGAUUUCAUCAAUGACUACACCGUCUCUCGUGUCGCCCAGGUCUGCAAGAGUGAUAUGGGAGGGAAGCGUAUCCUGCAAAAGUGCUGGACUACCUUUGCCAAGGCUCAGCUCCGCUGCCAGGCUGAUACAGAGUUACCAUUCAAUAUCAUCCAGGAUAUGGUCACCCUCCCACCCCCAGAGGGCGCUCCUACUGAUGACACACUAUUUUACGGUGUCUUCAGCUCACAGUGGUCAGUGACUUCAGGGCAGUCAGCAGUGUGCAGGUUUCGACUUGGGGACGUAAAAAAUGUGUUCGCUGGAAGCUACAAAACGCUUAACCGGGGCACACUGCGAUUUGAUACUCUUCACAACGAGAAGGUGGCCAGUCCAGGGAAGUGUGGAUUGCACAAUGCCUCGGACACCAAGCUGCGGUUUGUGAAAGAUAACUUCCUGGCAGAAGACAGUGUGCAGUCGGCGGACCGGGGCCUGGCGCUUGUGUCUCGCAGUCAGCUCUACAGCAGGAUCCUGGCCCAGAGGACCCGAGCAGCCAGCGGAAAGAACUUCACAGUGCUCUUCCUGCUCACUGAAUCUGGCUUCCUUCACAAAACAGUGCUGUCAGACCAAGGUCCUCAUAUCAUAGAGGAGAUCCAGGUCUUCAAGCAGCCACAGUCUGUUAAAAAUAUCCUCCUCUCCCUUACCAAGGGAGUGGUGUUCGUGGCUUCCUCCGAGGGUGUGUUCCAGAUACCAGUUUCCAACUGCUCAUUCUACACAACCUGUGCAGAGUGUGUGCUGGCCCGCGACCCCUUCUGUGGCUGGGACCCCAAUCGACAGGCCUGUGCGGAAGUGGCCAGCAUCUCAUCUAAUGCAGCCCAGGAUGUGGAGCUGGGAAACGUGAAGAAAGCGUGCGGCGUUUCACAUUUCGGCAGAUCUGCUGGUAGAACAGCCCUCCCAGAAAAGUUUGAAUAUGUGCAGUUGUAUGAGGUGGUGAGCCUCCACUGUCCCAGAAGAUCCAGACUGGCGCAGCUACGCUGGAAACACCCCAGCGGCAGCAGCCAUCACCCAAACAGCUUCCUGCAGCUGGACAAUGGCAACUUGAGUUUCCUAGCCACUCCCCUCACACUGGGGACUUAUCACUGUGUCGCUCUGGAGAACGGCUACGAAGAGACCCUGGCCGUCAUCACAGUCAAGCAGCGUUCAUCUCCCCGAUCCAUCGCCCCUCACCACACCCCCGUACAGAGCCGGCCCAGAACAACAGUGAAACCGAAUCUGGGACCAGGGAAGGAGGUGGUGACCGAGGUGUGGGCGGAGACAGGGAAGGAGGUGGUGACCGAGGUGUGGGCGGAGACAGGGAGGGAGGAAGUGACAGAGGUGUGGAAGAAAAUGCAGACGCUGCCUGUGUCAGAAGCAGACACUGUGCAGAAUGAGCUGACAGAUGAUGCUGUAUCCGCUCCAAUCGAUGAAACCCCCUCCUCUUGGAGAGAGAGCAGGCCGUUCGAACAAAUUCAGAAGCCCGUCCCUUCAAGUGAUGUCAAGAGUUACUACAGUGAGAUGGUCGCCGUCACCCUUCUAUUGGUGGUGUCUCUGUGCAUGUUGAUGACAAGUGCAGUCUACAUUUUUUAUCAGAGGAGUUCUGUUAAAACAGCCCUUCAGGGCUAUGCCAGCACAUAUGAAGAGACAGUCAACAUUAAAUAG